UCGGCUGGUUGCGGGGGUUUCGGUGUGUGCAGGGGAGUCCCGCCUGGGUGUCGCGCAUGCGCCUGGGCUCUCGGUGCCCGGGCUGUCAAAAGCCCAGGGGCGAGUGUGUCGGACGGGGCACGCGGCGGGGGCGCGGGAAGUCAAGCCCACCGGGAUUCGUUUUAAAUCGACAACGUCUCUGUUAGGGCGAUGGAGGGAAGAGAGAGAGAGAGAAAAAAAACACAAUGCUGACGUGAAGUGGUGCCGGUUUUGAUCGGGGACGCGAUCGUUCUGUUGUGUUCCCGUGGGCAGCGGAGGGAGGUGAAAAGCGGCGGUUGGGAACGUGCUCGAGGAUGGAGCGGGCGACUCGCGCGCGGCCGCCGCCCGCGCUUCCCGCCGCCUACUUGUUGCUGCUGCUGCUCCUGCUGGUGUUCGCCGGGCGGGCCCGGAGCCAGAGUCAGACCGAGCCCCCGGACCACGACAGCGUCAAGGACGAGCUGGUGAUCGCCGCGGUGAAGGUGUCGUACGUGGACCGGGCCAGCGGGCAGCGGGUGCUGCUGCCCGACCGCGGCGAGGACGCCCGCUACGGCCGCGACUCGCCGAAGGAAGGGCUGGACGGCGGCACGGUGCUGGUGCCCGCGCGGGCGCCCGGCCGAGCCCGCAACCUGCAGGGCUGCGACCCGCGCACCCGGUUCGCGGUGCCGCCCGACGCCCGGCGCUGGAUCGCGCUGCUCAGCCGGGGCAACUGCACCUUCAAGCAGAAGAUCCUGCUGGCGGCCGCCCAGAAGGCGGCGGCCGUGGUCAUUUACCACAACGUGUCGGGCGAGAAGCCCAUCACCAUGUCCCACGAAGGCACUGGUAACAUCAUUGCAGUCAUGAUUUCUGAACGUAGAGGUCGUGAGAUUCUGAGUUACAUCGAAAGAAACUUCACUGUAUUGAUGUCUAUAGCGGUUGGAGCAGCACAUUUUCCACAGUACAGCCGUGGCUCUCUUGUCUUUGUGUCCAUCUCAUUUAUUGUGCUGAUGAUCAUUUCCUUGGCUUGGCUGAUCUUCUAUUUCAUCCAGAAGUUCAGAUAUGCAAACCUGCGUGGGCGGAACCAGCGUCAACUGGGAGAUGUUGCCAGAAAAGCUACCAGCAAACUAACCACUAGAACCGUUAAAAAGGGUGAUAAGGAAACUGACCCAGAGUUUGACCACUGUGCGGUCUGCAUAGAGGGAUACAAAUCUAAAGAUGUGGUUAGGAUUCUGCCAUGCAAGCAUGUCUUCCAUAAACAUUGUGUUGAUCCCUGGUUGAAUGAACAUUACACUUGCCCCAUCUGCAAACAAAACAUCCUGAAAGCCCUUGGAUUGCUGUUAGGGCCAGAUGUACACUGCGCAGAGAACUCAACGCUCGAUAUGGAAAGAUCGGUCAGAGAAUCGCCCUCCAAUCAGAGGUCCAUGCCUAUUGAUGUGACGAGUAAUGGUUCCAUCAGUCUUGAACCACUCCGUUUUCUGGGAAGCUCACCGUUGAGUCAGGAAGAGGAAUCUGUGCCACGAUCUAGAGAAGUGAACGUCACUGUAACCAAUGGUCAGAAUGUUCAUCUUGACACCAGCCCCCGGCAAAUGAUGUUGUAUGAGCUCGAGCUGUCCACCAUUCAGCCUUCCAUUGCCCACAGUGACCAGGACAAAGCAUGAGUUGGAUCAGAUUUCAAACCAUCAGAUUUCAAACCAAUCUUAGCCUUACUGCACACAAAUAAUUAAAGCUGCGAUCGUCAAAACGUUAUCUCUACUUGUGGAAUGGAACUAAGUGCACAAAAGUGUAGAGGGGAAAUAAUACCACAUGCUGCCUGUCUUAACAUUGUUUUUCUUGUACUUAUUCAUCCUCACCAUGGUAUCCAGUGAAGGUUAACAUGUUUGGAUUGUGGGGAAAGCUGUUUUGCCCCUUCCUACAAAACCUAUAAGAAAUUAAUAUCUUUAGUUUAAUGUUUUGCUGGUGAGCAUGACACAGGCCAAUGAUCCCAAUAACUGUCCAUAAUCCACUUUGACUUAUUUUGUUCUUAUGCAGUGGAGGUCUAAUAUUUAUAAAAUAUACUUCCAAGCAGCAGCUCCAGUAUAAGAAGCACAAAUGUAGAGGGAACUGGAUCCGAUUACCUGAACUUAAUGCCAGAUGAUUGCCUGAAGUAGAAAUGCAUAUAGUCUGUCAAGCUUUGAUAAAGAACAGCAAUGUUGAAAAUUGGAACUUGUUUGUGUAAAUGGAUUUGAUUUUCAGAAGGUUUCAAAAAAUUUUAGAGCUUUCACAGAAUUGGCUGAGGGCAACCAAUGGUUCUUGUGGAUGAUGAGGUGUGUUGAAUAUGCACCCUAGAAGAGACCCAAUUUUCUGUGGACCUCCUGACUCAAACUGUCUGCAGCCGUUUCUCUAGUUAUUUUAAGUCUGUUCCCCUUACAGUAGAUCUAGAAUAUUUGGACUUGCCAGACCAGAAUGUUACUACAACUUGAUAGGUUAAGUUAUGAGGGCCAGUCACAUGUUAUAACUAUGUAUUGUUUAUUAAUGUGACUAGACUUUUAUUUCCUGGUGACCUAGUGCUGCUGCUUGACUGACAUAGUACAUUCAAACUGGCAACAUAGGUACACAGAGUCAAACAGAAUGUAAAUGCUUGAAAGGUUAAAUUAUGAAGCUAGGUUGGACAACGAUGGCUUAUUUUCCCUUGAGUUAAACAUGAUGAGGUCAUUUAUUGGAGGUGUUCAAAAUUACAAAGGAAUUCACUUGGGUAUAGAGAAACAGUGGUUCAAGUAUCCAGUACAAUGGGUUUUAACUGUGAAGUUAGUGCUAGGCUGUUCAGAAGUCCGAUCAGUAAGUGAUUCUCACACAAAAUUUCAUGAAGGGCUGAAAUUCUCACCUCGCCAGAAAGUUGUGAUUUCUGGGGUCAUCUGGAGCUUUCCAGACUGAGAACACUAUUUUUGCUGGAUAAGAUAUUGAGGAUAAGAUAGAGCUGCGCUCCGUUAAUGGAGUUAAGGUGUCUAUCAGCGUUGUUCCAACUAAAUUGUGAAAUAGGCUUGUAAGGUUAAAUAGUUUCACACCAUGUUUGGUUCAGUUAAAACAAUUUUAAUAAACAAGAAUCUGUUCUAAGUAUUGAUUGGCCCCACCGCUGCUGUCUGCCAUGAUUUCUUGAGUGAGUUGCUGAAAUGUUCCACCAGAACCUUCAAACUAGGAUUUGCAAGGCUUGUUCAUUAUGAGUUUGGUAUUAAGAUGUGGACAUUAAGGCUUCAUUGAAGGCUCACUUGGUAAUGGUAGUGCACAAUGAACAGAAAGCCACAGUGUGGUCCCUUGAUUGGCUAAUCUCAGUAAAAUCAACAGAAGAACUCCAAGUUGACUUCAUUGCUUCUUGGAUUAAGAUGGGGAGUUGAUGCAAUGGGAAAUGAACCAGGAGGCCAUAUUUCUGAUUGAUAAACAUGUGUUCCCUGUUUCUGAUUGCCACCCAAGAAUUCCUGAAUUUAGGAAUUUGGGUGUGUGCAGAUGUCAUAUGAGAGCAGCAAUGGGCUCAGUGUCUCUCCACUAAGCAACCUGUUGCCCUGUAAUGUCUGAGUUCUCUAGUGAGAAAGUUACUGCUGCAUAGCCUAUUCCUUGAGAGAAGAAAGCAUGAGCAGAUAUUGACCUAAGUAGCAGCUUCUCAAUGAUUAUAGUGCACCUGCCUCAGCCACAGAGUAACAAGCACUCCACGCAGUGUAGUGCACCCCACUAAGUGAUGCAGCACACGUUCCCCUCUCUGUGAUGCUGUACACCUGUUUUAUAUACUGCAGACAGCACAUGGUAUAGGUGCACCUGAACUCAAACUGCUUAUUAAAUAUAAGCAGCUUUUUUUUAGUAUUGAAGGAGAAGAUUAAACAUUGUAGAAAACACACUUGUACGCAUGCCGUUGGUUCAGUGAAAACUGUAAAUCAUGUUUGAUAUUUCUGAAGAGGUUAGAUGGCUUGAGCUUAAAAACAUGUUCUUGGUUCAUUUAAUUGCAUUUAGCAUCAUUAAAGCCACAUACAAAAC